CCAAAACACGCUCUUUAGCCGUCGAUCAUUGCGACUACAUUCCUCCCUCCUCGACUGCCCUUCGCAUCCACCUUCCAACUCGCCAGAUCAGACUUAGUCGCAUCCGCCAUGGAGACCUGGUCUCCUACUUCUUGGACCUCCAAGCCCGUCAAGCAAUGCGUCACCUACGAUGAUUCAGACGCCGCGGAGCUGGCCUACGAAAAGUUGCGCAAGCUUCCUCCUUUGGUGACACCGCAAGAGGUCUCGGAUCUCAAGAAGAGCUUGCGAAAUGUCGCGCUUGGGAAAGCGUUCGUGCUUCAGGGGGGUGAUUGCGCGGAGCUGUUCGACUACUGUAACCAGGAGAUGAUCGAAGCCAAAGUGAAGCUGCUCUUGCAGAUGAGUCUGGUGUUAAUUUGGGGAGCAAACAAACCGGUGGUGCGUAUUGCUCGAAUUGCAGGGCAGUUUGCAAAGCCCCGCUCCAGCCCCACCGAAACCAUCAAUGGGGUCGAGCUGCCCUCUUUCCGGGGCGACAACAUCAACGGCUUCGACGCGACGCCAGAGUCUCGCAAACCCGACCCUUCGCGCCUGGUCUCGGCGUACUUCCACUCGGCUGCGACGCUGAACUACCUGCGCGCCUCGCUCUCCUCCGGUCUCGCCGACCUGCAUUCCCCGCUCGACUGGGGGUUGGGCCAUGUCAUCACCCCGUCGAUCAAGGAAAAGUACGAACGUAUUGUAUCUCGGGUCAAAGACGCCUUGCGCUUCAUGCAAACCGUCGGCAUCGACACGGAUCGCGGCGUCGAGACGGUAGAUGUCUACACCAGCCACGAGGGCUUGCUUCUGGAAUACGAGACCAGCCUCACCCGCCUCCUCCGCAACCCCUUACCCCCGACCCCUCCGCCAACCUUUUCCUUGUUCUCCCCUCCUCCCCCUUCGCAGCCCUCCACAUAUGCAGAAGACCCAACAGCAGCAGCAGCAGCAGUCGCAGCCCCAGCUCCAACGACAGUACCAAGCACCACGGCACAAACCCCGCUCCUCCCCUCCAAAUCCUUCUACGCGACAUCCGCCCACUUCCUCUGGAUCGGCGACCGCACGCGCCAACUCGACGGGGCGCAUGUCGAGUUCUUCCGCGGCCUCGCCAACCCGAUCGGCAUCAAGAUCGGGCCCAGCAUGACCCCCGAGGAACUCACGCAGCUGCUGGAUGUGGUGAACCCCACGCGCGAGAUCGGCAAAGUCACGCUCAUCUCGCGCUACGGCGCCGCCAAGAUCGCCGCCCACCUGCCCGCCCACAUCGCCGCCGUCCAGCGCGCCGGCCACUGCCCCGUCUGGCAGUGCGACCCCAUGCACGGCAACACCCAGAGCACCCCGACCGGCGUCAAGACCCGCCACUUCAGCGAUAUCCUCUCCGAGCUGCGCCAGGCCCUCGAGAUCCACCGCGCGCACGGCUCCUUUCUGGGCGGCAUGCACCUCGAGCUCACCGGCGAGGCCGUCACCGAGUGCGUCGGCGGCGCCGCCGGUCUGACCGAGGAAGGUCUCGGCGAGCGCUACACUACCUUCUGUGACCCCCGGCUGAACGAGAAGCAGGCCCUCGAGUUGGCGUUUUUGGUCGCCGGGUUCUACCGCGAGAUGGACGAGUCCGAGCAGCGCGGGAGGUUGAAUGCCAUCUAGCCGGCAUUCUUCCUCGCAUAAGUAAGUGAAGAAGCAAGUGCGGGAGCAAAAGGAUACCAAUGGAGAGCAAGUCAAGCAAAAUAAAGCAAAGGAAAAUGAAAGAAGCAAAAGAA